UUUUUCAAAGUUUAGCUGGUCAAGUUAUCGCAUGCGCACUACAAAAUGCGCUGACCAUCAUCAUCGUUGUUUCAGACAUGGCGAAGGGUUUGCAUUCUCUGAAACUUGAAGAAAUUUUGAAGAAGGAGCUCCAAACCACACAAUGCCAAGGUUUAGGGUUUGCAGGUGGUGGUUGUAUAAGUGAGGGAAAGAGUUUUGACACCGAUCACGGCAGGGUUUUCGUCAAAGUGAACGAUAAAUCAGGGGCUAUGAAAAUGUUUGAGGGCGAAUUUAACAGUCUAGAAGCCAUUUGUCGAACUAACACUGUGCGAGUACCGAAGCCAAUCAAGCUGUUAGACCAUCCGUCUGGAAGUGGGGCAAUUUUUGUCUUAGAACAUCUUGAAAUGAAGAGCUUACGGAAAUAUCAAUCACAGCUGGGGACAGCACUUGGAAGGUAAGGAACAAUUUGCAUUCAGCCAACAGCUACAUACACUGUACCAAUGAGCUAUCCAGCUAGAUCUCUGUAAGAACAUCAACAAGCAAAAGCAAUUGGAAACAAUAGGAACUAGUCAUUCAAUAAUGAGUUACAAUAAUGAGACCAAGUCAUGAUUGCUUUAGGUUUUGCAGCUGAUUAGUUGUGUGCUGAGGUGGUGCUAACUUUUGUUUUCUUUUUCAAACCAUGUAAAGUGCUGCAUGAGAGAAUACUGAAAAACCAAUCACAUGUAUUGAUUAUGUUUGGCACUUACAGAAGGGUGGCACUUGGCGCUUGUCGUGAGGGUAAACAGGAGUUUCUCACAAUAACUUGCUCUGUCCUCUCUGACAUGUUCUCUGCA